CCCAACACUCCUUCGUCUCAGUGUCCAUCGUCAUCUUCUUCUUACCACUAUUCUUAAUUAAUUAAUUCCCUUCCAAUGGCAGCCAUGGCCACCACCACCGCCCUCUCCUCAAACCUCAUCAAGGCCUCCGCCUUCCACGGCACACCGGUCGCCACUUCCAGAGUCACUCCCAUCAAAUCCCAACAGCAGCACAGCCAAACAAUCUCCAUGUCCAUGGCCACACCCCCUUACGACCUCCAAUCCUUCAAGUUCCAACCCAUCAAGGAGUCCAUCGUCGCACGCGAGAUGACCCGCCGCUACAUGACAGACAUGAUCACGUACGCAGACACCGACGUCAUCGUGGUUGGUGCCGGCUCCGCUGGCCUCUCCUGUGCGUACGAGCUCAGCAAGAACCCCUCCAUCCGCGUCGCCAUCAUCGAGCAAUCCGUCAGCCCCGGCGGUGGGGCAUGGCUCGGCGGCCAGCUCUUCUCCGCCAUGGUGGUUCGCAAGCCUGCCCACCGCUUCCUGGACGAGUUGGAGGUGGCAUACGACGAGCAAGAGGACUACGUUGUCAUAAAGCACGCGGCGCUGUUCACUUCCACCAUCAUGAGCAAGCUGCUGGCGAGGCCCAACGUGAAGCUGUUCAACGCCGUGGCGGCAGAGGAUCUGAUUGUGAAAGGAGGGAGAGUUGGUGGAGUUGUCACAAACUGGGCUCUGGUGUCGAUGAACCAUGACACACAGUCGUGCAUGGACCCGAACGUGAUGGAGGCAAAGGUUGUGGUGAGCUCGUGCGGGCACGACGGGCCUUUCGGCGCCACCGGGGUUAAGAGGCUGAAGAGCAUCGGCAUGAUUGACAGCGUGCCCGGAAUGAAGGCCCUUGACAUGAACACCGCAGAGGAUGCCAUUGUUAGGCUCACCAGGGAGAUUGUGCCUGGCAUGAUUGUCACCGGCAUGGAAGUUGCUGAGAUUGAUGGUGCCCCCAGAAUGGGUCCAACAUUCGGAGCAAUGAUGAUAUCAGGGCAGAAGGCAGCUCAUUUGGCGUUGAAAGCAUUGGGAAAGAGCAAUGCCAUCGAUGGGACUUGUGGACUUGAAAUUGAAGAACCCCAAUUUGUUUUGGCCUCUGCUGAUACUGAGGACAUUGUUGAUGCCUGAAGUUUUCUAUUCAACUUAGGAUUUUCUUUUUCUUUUCCUUUUUUUCUUCUGUUUUUCCUACCUACGAUUUGCAUUUGGGAAUAAAUAAAGUAAAAUGUGAACGAAAAAUAUUAAGUGUGUGUUUGGAUUACAGUUUGCAACCGAGAAUUUGAAUAAAAUUGAAAAGUAAGUUUGUGUUAA